CUCCAGAAUGGCAUCACAUCUUGCUACCCAUGUGUCAACUGUAGUUCUCGGACUGCUGUUCAUACUGCCUGGUAUAGUAAAGACAGUGCGCUUGAAUACAACACUUUACCGGGAAAUGUUAAAGACAUUCAAGAAUUUCACUGAAGUAUCACCACUAAGGCAUAUUGGAGUGAUACCUAGUCCUCAAAUCUACAUGCAGUCUAUGGGAGUUUUCGAACUAUUACUAGGCACUACGUUGGUUGUUGGACAUGUAUCGUUCAAGAAAUUCGCUUGUCUGGGAAUUAUGGCUCUUAUGCUGCUCACAACAUAUUGUCAGGUCGCCUUAAAAGAUUACAGUGCAACCAUUGUGCCUUGUGGAUACUUUUGCCUUCUUAGCAGGUUAUAUUUCUCCCUGGACAAACUUGAAGAUCGACGAGUAAAAUAAACUGAUUAAACUUUUAUGAAUCUUCUAUUAUGUACAUAACACAAUUCCGAUAUCUUUCGUUUUAUUCCCCGAGUGCUUCCAAAUAUAUUUUUUGUUGCG